AUGGAAACUCCGAAAACAACGGAUGAUCCGCCCGUCGUCGAAUCCGAAACUGUGCCGAUGCCGCCGGAGUCGCCCUACAUCAAAAGCGAGGGGGUUCAGCAUCGCUUAUUUCUCGGCAGAUGGACGGGUCCAGACUGCAGUUGGAGUUGGAUGAUCGCCGUGUCAUGCGCACUCUUGAACUUUUUCAAUCUGGCUCCCACGCGAUGCAGCAGCGUGAUAUUUUUGAACACCUUGGAGCAUUACAACACGAGCCGUGCGAUAGCCUCGUGGCCUCCAUCGCUCAUCAAUGCGGUUUCGAACCUCUCUGGUAUCGCUACCGGAUACAUCACAAAGAAGUUUGGACCUCGUAAAAUCUCUUGCGUGGGAUCCAUGAUCGCUUCCGCAUCGAUUGCAGCCUGUUUCUUCGCGAACGAUGUGACGAAACUGACUCUUUUCUGCGUAUUGCACGGUCUUGGGCUUGGUUUGAAUCUCCCCACCGCCGCUGUUUGUCUAAACAGCUGGUUCCUCGAGCGGAAAGUCAUGGCUAGCGGCAUAAUCUUCACCGGGGCAGCGCUGGGAUCGUUUGUGUACCCAAUCUUCCUCGAAUGGAUCUUCGACAUUUUUGGAUUCCGAGGUGGACUUCUAAUUUUCGGCGGAAUCAUGAUGAAUGCGGUCGCCGCAGGUCUCUUCAUCCGAAUGCCGCCGUGGCUGAGCGCUGAGAAUCAGGCUCCGAGGAGAACGUCUAGACCCGAGGACUCCAACACGAGCAUGAAACCACCGCAGGAACCCAUUCUAAAGAGGAAACCGAUCCUGAUCCGUUCAGUCUCGCAAUCCUCUUUCGAGAGCCAGGACAGUCGAGAGGAUUUGGAUGAUCAGAAAUUCCACAGAUUCCACGAAGCCGUACAUCAUCACACAGUGGAAACCCUUCCCGAAGUGGACGAGGAACGAGACCUUUCGGGAAAUAUUCAGUCAGACGACGAAUGCUGUAAAAACGGUGAACAGUGUCCAGCGAUGACGUUGCGCCGACCUGAUAUCGAUCGUGUUCGUAAGAACGUCGCCCAGAGUCGCUCACUGAAAUCAGCUUCGCUGAAUUCUUCGGUUCCUUCUAAUUCGCCGAGCUCGACCAAUGUGCAUGAACUCAAGACCGAGACGCGUCCGGGCUCUGUUGCUCGUGUCUCGAUCUCCUCCGGAUCACGCACCCGGUUACGUCGCAAUUCAUCGGCGAUCUCGACCACGCUGUCAUUAUACGCGCCGGCUGUUUCGCCGGCGGAAGGAGCCGAACGUGACUUCGAAGAGGAUGAGCACCGGGUCGAGGUGAAUGAGAGUCGAGUCGAAUCACCGGCGAGGACCAGCCCGAUAAUAUCACUAGUCGGCCUAACCUACGUUGUAUUCAUAAACUGCAACAUCAGCUUCCAGACUAUUCUACUGGAUUUCGCCUCCGAUAAAGACGUUGAAGUCCAUAUGGCCGUGUACCUGCUUUCUGCCUUCGCAGUGUUCGAUAUAGUCGGGAGACUCACGGUUGGCCUCAUAUCCGAUAGAGGACUUUUGUCUCGCUCUACGCUCAUGGGCUGCGCCACCAUCCUAUUCGGUCUCGUGAUGCAAUUACUCCCCUUCGCUAAUGACUUUUGGGGGAUUUGCAUUCUUUGCAUGAUUGUUGGUUACGCUUUGGGCACCACGGUGGUCCUUGUUACCGUUCUUGUUGGAGACUACGCUGGAGAAAUGUCCAGAAUCCCCGUCAUCAUCGGAUGGAUGGCUUUUUUCGCAGGGGUCACCGGAUUAUCCCGACCGCUGUUGAUAGGAUAUUUUCGCGACACCAUGGGGGACUACAGUGGUCUCAUGCACCUGAUGGGCGUGUCGAUGGCUCUCUGCGGAGUAGGAUGGAUAUUGGUGAAUCUGUACGAGAAAUUCACCUCAUCGGCCGCGGAGCGAAGUUCUGUUCCCGAAAGCCGGGAGCAGCUGAGGACCUCCGGAAGAGAAGUCGACAAGGAAGCCCUUGAGGCAGAGACCGAAAAGAGGGGACUCGAGAUCACGGAGAAGCAGCAACAGACCACAAAACUAUGA